GUGUUCAAUUCACUGGUAAAAAUAGUUUUGAUUGGUUACACAUAACUAUAUCGAUAAAUAAUAAAUUAACAUUGUAAAUGAAAUGAGAACUGAUCAAUCAACCCCCAUUCCUCAGCCUAGUCACCAAGUGAUCUCUUAAUAGAAAGCACUAGUAGUGUAAAUAUUAUUUUAUACUAAACAAAUCAAAUAUGACUGAUGAUACAGUUCGUGUUGCUGUACGUAUCCGUCCAUUAGUAAAAACUGAAAUAGAAAAAGGCUGUCAAACAUGCUUAGAAGUUGUUCCUGGUGAACCACAAAUAAUUGUACGUAAUACAGAUAAAGCAUUCACAUUUAAUUAUGUCUUUCCCCCUGAUAUAGCUCAAGAAGAAUUUUAUGAGACAGCUAUCAAAGGGAUGGUAGGAAAUAUUUUUGAAGGGUAUAACGUAACUAUAUUAGCUUACGGCCAAACAGGAAGUGGUAAAACCCAUUCAAUGGGCACAAAUUAUGUUGAAACAGGAGAUACAGGUGUAAUACCAAGAGCAUUGCAUGAUAUAUUUAAUAUAAUUCAUUUGAAAAAGGAUUGGAGUUUUAAAGUUGCAGUCUCAUUUAUGGAACUUUACCAAGAACAAUUAUAUGAUCUUUUGGCAGAUAAACAACGUAAUCAAUCUAUCGUUGAUAUUAGAGAUGAUGGUAAAAAUAUUAAAGUGUCUGGAGUUGUUGAAAAAGAAGUUGUAAAUGCAGCAGAAGCAUUACAGUGCUUAACUCAGGGAUCAAUAGGUCGUGUAACUGGUGCCACAGCUAUGAAUGCCCAAAGUAGCCGUAGUCAUGCUAUAUUUACGAUAUGUGUACAUCAACAAAAACAAGAUGAUCCUCAUACAGCAACAACAGCUAAAUUUCAUCUAGUAGAUCUAGCUGGAUCUGAACGAAGUAAAAAAACACAAGCAACAGGAGAAAGAUUCAAAGAAGGUGUUAACAUAAAUAAGGGCUUGUUAGCAUUAGGAAAUGUUAUAUCUCAAUUAGGAGAAGGAGGUUCUUCUGCUUCCUAUGUUGGUUAUCGGGAUAGCAAGCUCACAAGAUUGUUGCAAGAUUCCUUAGGUGGUAAUUCAAUGACACUCAUGAUAGCAUGUGUGAGUCCAGCAGAUUAUAAUCUGGAUGAAACUCUCAGUACAUUAAGAUAUGCAGAUAGAGCACGUAAAAUAAAGAACAAACCUGUAAUAAAUCAAGAUCCACAACUUUUAGAAAUAAACAGAUUAAAUAAAAUAAUACAAGAGUUAAAGCUUGCUUUAGUUGAUCAAGAAAUUAGAAUUUCUGAUCCACUAGAACAUACAGAACUCAAAGAGAAGAAUCAGUUCUUACAACAGAAGAUCAGAGACUUAACUGAAAAACUAAAUGAAAAUUUAAUUGAGAUUGUAGUUAUGCAUGAAAGAGCAGAAUUGGCUGAACAAAGUAGGGAAAAGAUUCAAGCUGACAUGUUGAAGAUAUUAGAAGACUGUAAAGAGAUUUUGGAUAACUUUGAUAAAAAUCCCGAUUCACACAUUGAACAUCGUGCAAAAAUAGAAGCUUUAUACUUAAAAAUUCUUGAUAUAGAGAAAGAUCAGAAAAAGACAUCAGAAAAGCUUAUAAACUGUGAAAUAACACCUUUUUAUUCAAAUACAUUUACAAUGAAUGUGGAUGAUGAGGAACAGACGUCUAUAGAUAAAAUAAACUCUGAAAAUCACGAUAGUUUUGACGAUAUCGAUGAAAAACAAGAAGAGCAUACUUUACUUCAAGUAAAAAGGAAUGACAAAGUACAAGAUAUUAAUAAAGAACUCGCCAUUAAGGAAGGUCUUAUGUGUCAACUCUUAAAGAAUUCUUCUCAAUUAAUUGAUUAUUCUAAAGAAAUACAUGAUAUGGAACAAGAGAUAAAAACGCUUCAAACAGAAAAGGAAGAACUUGUGCAAGCACUACAAAAUGUUCAGACAAACAACGCUAGUUCAAAAUUAGCAAAAUCUCGACGUAUAAAAGUCCAAGAAUUAGAGAAAAAAAUAUCAGAAUUAAAGCGCAAGGUCACAGAGCAAGAUAGAAUAGUCAAAAUGAAAGAAAAGCAGGAUCAACAAAUAAAACAGUUGUCGAAUGAAAUGAAAUCAUUGAAACAGACUAGAGUAAAGUUAAUUAGACAAAUGCGUAACGAAUCCGAGAGGUUUUCAAAGUGGAAGGAAUGUAAGGAGAAAGAACUGAACAGAUUGAAAAGUCAGAAUAAAAAACAAGUCAAUGAAGUGACACGUUUGAAAAUGUGGCACAGUAAACAAGAGACAGUAUUCAAAAGAAAAAUGGAAGAAGCUUUUGCCGUUAACAAGAGAUUAAAGGACGCACUCGAUCUGCAAAAGAAAGCAGCAGCAAUGAAGAAGGAAAAGCUAAAUAACAAUGUAGAGAAAAUAAAAAAUUGGCUAACUCAAGAAAUACAAAUAUUGGUGAGCACUGUAGAUGCAGAAUAUUCUCUUGAAAGAUUAAUGCAAGAUAGAGCAUCGCUGGCAGCUACAUUGAAACAGUUUCGCAAUAGUAGUGAUCCAGACGAACAGAAGAUGUCUGAGCUUACUGAAUUCCUAGACUUACGUAAUACACAAAUUACUGAUCUUCAACAAAAAAUUGUUGAAUCAGAUCAAGAGAAUAGAACAAAUACAAGGUUGCAAAAAAUCCACACAAUGGAGGAAGCAAAACUUGCACUUAAAAUGUUAUUUAAGCAAACUGCAGAGAGUAGAAAAGAACAUUGUGCAAAGGAGUCUGAGUACAAUAAUCUUCUGGAAAAGUAUGAAACGUUGCAAACAAAGAUGGAAGAAUACAAACAAAAAGAGAAGGAAAGACGUGUUUCAAGGCAGCUUGAAUUAAAUAAAGCUAUAAACCACAUUUCGGAAUCUGAAGAGAAAGAGAAUUUAAAAUUGAAACAAGAAUUACAGCUUUAUAAAGAAAAGUGCCAACACCUAGAACAAUCAGUUUUAACUGAGGUGAAAAAUAGAAAUGAAAUAAACAAAACAAAACAAAAAAAUAAAAGACAAACGACAAUUACAGAAGAAAUUGAUGAAAAUAUAUAUCCUGAGUCAGAUGAUAGUAACAUUGAAGAUGAUGUUGAAAGAGAUCCAGAUUGGACACAAACACCACUGUACAAUCGGAUACAAAAACUUUUGAACACAACAAAAAAUACAUCCUCUGAGCAAUUAUCUAAUUUCAAACGAUCAUCAGACGGAGAAAUAAAAUGUCGCUGUAAAACAAAGUGUGCAACUCGAGUUUGUUCAUGUCGCAAGAAUAAAGAAUUAUGUGUUAACUGCAGUUGUAACCCAGAACUUUGUCAAAAUAGAGAUCUGAAGAAUCUGCGUAAAACUUUAUUUGACUUUAAAGACACCCAAGACGAAGAAGAACUAAUAAAAAAACAACGACUAGUGGACGAAGAACAUGAGUAAUGUAGCAAUACAAGUACAAUUAAUUAAAACAAACUUAGUGCCUGCUAAGUAAUGUUUAAAUAUUUUACUCGUUUAACUUUAACUGCUUUCUUUUUGCAUUAUUUUAUUAAACUGAAGAAUUUCUCAUCUGUAAUCACGGAUUAUAAUUGUACAUCAGUACAGAUAUUAAGAUUAAAAUGGAAUAUUAAAUAAAUUUUUAUAGUAACUUA